CUCCCCGCUUCAGAAUCCAUGGGUUUAUGACUUCGACUGUCGUAGACGAGACCAGACCAACAAGGCGCUCAGGCAGGUCGAAUAAAUAACUACAUUCGCUCGCACAAGGACAUGCCUGAGCUUAUGGCUUAUAGACGUGAGCGAGGCGAAGCCGACACGAACGGAUACGCACGAGUUGUGAUGCGUGCGGGAGUUGGGAUGAUGUGAGAAGUGCCGGCACGCCUGCAAGGAGAAACGGUGAAGGUAGAGAAAUAGUAGAUACUGAAGAAAAUUAUAAAAGGGGAUAUACUGAUAGAAUUAAUAUAGAAAAGGAAGGUAAUGAUACCGCUACCGUACAGAAAAUGAGCACCUGAGAGAAGGAAAAACAAACACCGUCCCAUCAUGUCUCCGAAAGCGUGUUAACGCCUCAUGAACGGCAAACUCUGGCCCGGACCGGAACUUCGCAAGAUCGGAUCGGUAAUCGGGCGACGUACAUCUUGGCGGCUCAGAUAAGCAAUUAUCGAACUGUUAUCAAACCGCUCCCCAGCCCCAGCCCCUCUCUCCGCCUGCGUGUGCACGCGCGUGCCGUGGAGGAGGUCAAGCCGAGGUCAAGCUGCCGGACGUCAUGAACCGGGUGAGGUCACUCCAGCGGGUCAUCGUCCUCCUCGUCGUCAUCUCGCUCAGCUGGAAAGGACGAGAAGAACCAGAUCCUGACGACCAACUGCUGGCUCACGCAGAUCUGGACGGACUCGCACCUCACGUGGAACGCUACCGACUUCGGCGGCAUCAACGUCAUCCGCGUGCCCUUCACGAGGGUCUGGAAGCCUGACAUCAUCUUGUAUAACAACGCCGAUGCCCAGUACACGUCAGCCACCAUCAACACCAACGUGAUCGUGACGGCGACGGGUCAGGUCACGUGGCUGUCCCACGGGAUCUACAGGUCAUCGUGCGACAUGAACGUCGAGUACUUCCCCUUUGAUAUUCAGUCGUGCAAGAUGAAGUGGGCGUCUUGGACUUACGAUGGCUAUCAGCUGGACCUGAACAAGCAGAUGGACGACGGGGACAUGUCCAACUACCAGACGAAUGGCGAGUUCGACCUGGUGGAGUUUACAGCGGCCAAGAACAUCACCUUUUACUCGUGCUGUCCCGAACCUUACCCGGACAUCACGUUCACCAUUAAGCUCAGAAGAAGGCCGAUGUUCUACGUGUUUAAUCUCAUUUUGCCUUGUGUUCUUAUCAAUGGCAUUGCCCUCCUGGUGUUCUACGUCCCGAGCGAGUCCGGCGAGAAGGUGACGCUGGGGAUCUCGGCGCUGCUGUCCAUGACGGUGUUUCUCAUGACCAUCAGGGAGUCGCUGCCGCCCACGGAGAAGACGCCGCUCAUUA